AUGGGUGACGACUUAUUGAUUUGUUUUGCGUCAUGUCAAAAUACUAAUAAUAGUGGUGCUCUUGUUGGAAAUGAUUCUUAUGAUCUUGAAUGCAUAACACAAUGUUCACAAAUUGUUCCAACAUUAUAUCAACAUACAUCGGAGAAGUAUACAUAUAUAUUUAAAAUAAUCGCUGUCGUCCUUAUUACAUUUGGUUUAAUUGGUAAAGUUUUUAAUUGUAUUAUUUUUCUUCGAAAACCGCUUCGUGGUACAUCAACUGGUUUACUUCUAUUUUUAAAAACAAUAUUCGAUUUUGUUCCACUUGUAUGGACAUUUGUAUUUGAUACAAAAUUUUUUGUUGAAGAUGAACAAAUAAAUGGAUCGAGAAUAAUAUGUACAUUAUCACGUAGUAGUGAAAUAUUUGUUUCAUGGUCAAUUGGUUUUGUUAUUCUUGCUUGUACAGUACGUCUUGCUACAAUAUUACAUUCAAGAUAUUUACCACAGCCAACACGUUUUCGUGUAUUUGUACUUAUAUUAAUGAUGAUGCUAUGUGGUCUUAUGUAUAAUUGGCAUGUGUUUUAUUAUCCAAGUCUUGUUCAAACAAUUUUAAGUGAACAUAAAAAUCGUACAUUUACUUAUUGUAAUAUCUUAUUUGGACGUCAAAUAGGAUAUUUUUCAUAUGGCGGUUUUCAAUCUACACAAGAAUUAUUAUAUAAUGCUCCAAUAGUUAAUUUUAUUGUUUCAUCAUUAAUUCCAUUUGCAAUAGUUGCAUCAACAAAUAUUGUUAUUAUUGUACGUGUAUUAAAAAAUCCAUCAUCAAAUCAUAUAACAAAAAUGAAUUCUAUUAAUAAUGGCCAUUGUAAUCAAUCAUCAAAACAUUUUCAUGGUUCAAAUAGAAUACAUUCAGCAGUAAAAUCGACAACAAAUAUAACAAAAAAAGAUGUUAGUUAUGAAACAACAAUAACAUUAACAACAAGUUGUGUAUUUUUAACAACAAAUAGUAUAGCAAGUACUUAUGUUUAUGUUAAAUCAAGUCAUCGUUCAAAUCGUUCACGUUUAACAGAAGAUGUUAAAACAUCGAAUGUUUAUCUUAUAUUACGUAUGUUAACAUUAAUUGAUACAGUUUUAGAAUUUUAUAUUUAUUUUUUAACGGGAAAAAAAUUUCGUCAAGAAGUUUGUCAUGUUAUUCGUGAAAUUCUUCAACAUACACCAUUAAGACAUUUUUUUAAAUUUACACGUUUAACAAAUAAUAAUAUAAAUAAUGGACGACCACAAAAAAAACUAUCUGAAAAACAAUUAGAACUUCAUCAACAACAAGAAAAUCAUUUCAAUAAACAAAAUCAUGUACAUUAUUUAAAUUUAAUACAAUCAGCAGCAACAACAACAACAAUAAUGUCAAGAGGUAGCAGUUAUAUUGAUUCACCACGAAGACAUAGAAUAAUAAACUUUCAAUGGUAUGAUCCUGAAGAAUCACUUGAUAGAAUUGAGAGUACUGUUUGA